AAGUUCCAAGACAUUUUGAUAUUAAACAAAGGGGAUUUGGUACAAUUCCCAAUGAGACAACCAUCUUCUAGAGUUCAAAUGAUAUAGAUGAAAGACAUAAAAGGUCACCAUUCAGCCUUCAACAAGGAGAAAAAAAAACAUAAACAGUUAGCUAAAAAAGGUCUGACUACUGCAAAAUAUAUAUUAAACUACCAUAUUAAAAAGAAGAUGUGAUAUGAUUGCCAAUGAGACAACUAUCCACAAAAGACCAAAAUGAAACAAGACAUUAACAACUAUAGCUAGGUCACUGUAAGGCCUUCAACAAUGAGCAAAGCCCAUACUGCAUAAUCAGCUAUAAAAGGCCCCGAUGAGACAAUGUAAAACAAUUCAAACAAGAAAACUAUCAGCCUUAUUUAUUCAAAAAAAUUAACAGAAAUCAAAUAUGUAACACAUAAACAAACGACAACCACCAAAUUACAGGCUCCUGACUUGGGACAGGCACAUACAUAAAUAAUGUGGCAGGGUUAAAUAUAACAUGUCUUUACUUGUGUAAACCCUUUUUUAGUUAUAUAUGUUUUAUGUUUUGCAGGUUAAGUCCAAAGUUCAAAGAAAAUUACAGUCUUGAUGUUGCAAAGAGACUGGCUCAUAAAAUCUGGAGUAUUAACGUCAAAAGUGUCACUUUCACCUGCUUCUAAAAGUUGUGAAACGAGGAAAUUCACAAAUAUAAAUCACAGUAUUUAAAGAAAGUGCUGAAUUUUGAAUCAGUAUCUAACAGAGGGAAUCAGAAUUUCUUAAUUUAGAAAAAGUUAUCAAAGUUUCCGAAACAGAUGCUGUUAUCCGUAGCUGCUCAUUAAUUAAGAAUGAAGCAGCAACCAAACAUACAAACACAGCAUUAGGAUCUGCAAUAGUUUCAUCUCAAAUUGCUCAGAAAACUGCAUCAACAUCAUUUCAAACCUUAGCAUCAAGAUGUUUUAACGAGUUUCCAGUGGAAAAGGUCAAAGUUCAACUUCUUCAACAUAUCAGUACUCAGCAGCAAACAAAUCACUACUUCCUUUUAUUACUAAAGAUCAGAACAUGACAGCGAAUGUGACACUAUCUUCAUCCAAUAUAGCUCAGAAUAACAGAGCUGCAGUAACACUAGAUAAAGGACCUCAAGGCCAGGAUAAUAAUGUCUUGUGUUUCCCUACUGUUACAACACCUACCACAACCAAUGAUGCAGCCAAUAAACAGACACAUCUACAGGAGUCACAGAAUUUUCUGAUUCAGAAAACAAAUUUUGGAACAGUUUCAUCACGUCUAACUCAUGAAAAAGCACAAAAAAGUGUACAGUCAGCACAAAAUAAAACUCAGCAUACAGUUGAAAUAUUAAAGAAGUCCAAGACUAGUGCAUCAGAUUUUACUCCAUAUUCUUUAACCCGGACUCCACCUCCUCAUCCUUUUACCUGGACUCCAACUCCAGAAAAAAAAAGAAAACGAAAAUUUACAGUACCAGUAUUACCUACAAUGGGGCCAUCUACCAAACUUCUAAAUUUAGCUCCAAGUGUACGCAAAAGGCAUUCACCUUUAAUUCAGGCAUCAGUUGCAAGUAUCUGUAGUAUCUGUACAGUGUAUCCUCACACAAUAUCACAAAACUCAGCUUCAAAAGUAUCUACAGCUAGUUUAUCCACUGAAACACAGAGUUUAACUCAUUCUGAUGCUCAAAAUUCAACUCAAUCUGAUGCUCAAAACUCAACUCAAUCUGAUGCUCAAAAUUCAACUCAAUCUGAUGCCCAAAACCCAACUGAACUUGAUGCUCAAAACUCAACUCAAUAUAUUCUAUUUCCAUCUAAAGAUCAGAAUACAGCUCGAAAAAUAUGUACAGUAAAAUCUCCUAGUAAAACAGAGAAGAUUGAAAGAAUAUAUACAGUGCUAUCUCAUGCUAGAGUGCAGAAAUUGUGUUCAAAAGCAAAAUAUCAAAUUACUGCUAUCAAAACCAAGAAAGUUCCUAAAAUAUCUACAGUGGAAUCUUGUGCCAAAGUCCAGAAAUCAGAUCCAAUUAUAUGUACAGUGUAUCCUCCUUCCAAAUACACUAAUGCAGCCUUCAGAGUCUCUAGAAAUUGUUAUUCUACAAAACCUAUUAUGUCUUGGAACACAGUACCAAUUAUUACACCAGUAUCAGAAAAAUUAGUUCAGGAUACAUCAUCAACUAGCUCUGAGAGCUCAGUAUCAACAAGAUCUGAGAGCUCAGUACCUACAAGGAGUUCUGAAAGCAUAACAUCAACAAGAUCUGAGAGCACAUCAUCAAUAAAGUCUGAAACAGUUGCAUCAACAAGAUUUGAGAGCACAUCAUCAAUAAAGUCUGAAAGCACAGCAUCAACAAGAUCUGAGAGCACAGAAUCAACAAGGAUAGAAAGCACAGCAUCUACAUCUUCUCCAUUUCCAUUGGCAUUAUUCCCUAAUUUAGCUGCAGCACAGAACAGAAGAGAUGGACACAUUUCAAAUAGGAGAACUAAAUCUUUUAACACAGCAUCAAACUUUGCCAGAAUAUCUACAGUGCAAUAUCGUGCCAGAGUGCAGGGUCCAAAAGGGAAUCAUCCAACUAUUUCCAAGAAAAUCAAGAAGUCACAUAAAAUAUCUACAGUAAAACCAUGUGCCAAAGUCAAGAAAUCAGAUCCAGUUAUAUAUACAGUGUAUCCUCAUACUAAUUACACAAGUUCAGGCCUCAAAGCCUCUAAAAAUAGUUAUAUUACAAAACCUACUAUGUCUUGGGACAAAGUACCAAUUGUUACACCAGUAUCAGUAGAAUUAGUUCAGGAUACAUCAUCAACUAGCUCUGAGAGCUCAGCAUCAAAAACGUCUGAGAGCCCAGCAUCAACAAGGUUUGAGAACUCAGCAUCAACAAAGUGUACGAGCAUAACAUCAACAAGAUCUGAGAGCACACCAUCAAUAAAAUCUGAAAGCACAGCAUCAACAAGAACAGAUAGCUCAGAAUCAAUAAGGAUAGAAAGCACAGAAUCAACAAGGUCAGAAAGCACAGAAUCAACAAGGUCUGACAGCACAUUAUCAACAAGGUCAGAGAGCAAAGCAUCAACAAGUUCUGAGAGCACAACACCAACAAGGUCUGAGAUCACAGAAUCAACAUGGAUAAAAAGCACAGUAGCAACACGGAAAGAAAGCACAGCAUCUUCAUCUUCUCCAUUUCCAUUGGCAAUAUUCCCUAAUGUAGCUACAGCACAGAACAAAAGAGAUGGACCAAUUUCAAAUUUGAGAAAUAAAUCUUUGAACACUGCAUCAAACUUUGCGCCAUAUCCUAUCAUUACUUCUCAUAAUUCAACUUCCAGUAUUCCUACUGUUAUUUCAACCCCAGGUCAGACAAAAUGUAAAAAUCCAUCUUCAAAACAGAAAAUCACUGGAAAUAUUACUGCAGCUGAAGAAAACCUAUCAGAUGAUAUUGGUGCACACUGUUUUGCAAGUGAUGAUAGUAAAAUUAAAAGACUAAAACGAAAGAUUAUAGAGCAUGAUUGGAAGUUGAGUGAAAUACUCCAUACAAGGAAUAAAAGAAGGAAAGAGGCAUUAGAAAAAUGUUUUAAAAAGUCUGGAGAAGAAUUAAGUGACAAUUCUAUUCAUUGUACUUCUAGUCUAGUAGAUGCUGAAAAUGUCUCUGUGUCUGCACAAAAUCAGAUGCAAACAGUGGUUUCUACUCAAAAACAAUUAGAAACAGUGGUGUCUACUCAAAAACAAUUAAAAACAGUGAUGUCUACUCAAAAACAAUUAAAAAAAGUGGUUUCAGCUCAUCUUAUUUCUGUUGGAGAUUAUUGUGUGAAAGCUUUAACAAACAUUAUAGAAAAAGAACAUUCUGAAUCUCACAAUACUGAAGUUAAAGUUGAACUACUGGAGAAAGAAUAUCUCCAGGCUGAAACAUGUCGGCCAGAGGUUGUAAUUGAGAAUGUUGAGGGCACUGAUUAUUGCCAGUUAUAUAAUGAUAAUAAUGGGAAGUCCAUAUCACAUACUGAACCUUGUUCAUUUAAUGGGGAACAUUUGUUAGUACAAAGCAAGAUUAAAGAAGAAUGUGUUUUCAGUGAAAUUGGAAAAUAUUCAAAGGAAAAAUAAAGACUCUGCAGAACCGUUAAAUAACUGUUCAGGAUUUAAUUCGACUGGAACAGAAUCUUGCCCAUCAGAUGAUAAUAUUUGCCAAUCGGAUAAUGAUAUUUGCCAAUCAGUUCCAGAUAUCUGCCAUUCAGACGUCAUUACAAACACUGACAGUACGUUACCUGUGAAAAAAUAUUCAUUUGGCAAAGGUUACCAAGAAAAAGGAAAAAGUAGUACUGUUGUUCUAAAAGAAUCUUCAAAACAAAGCAGCAGUAUGGUAAAGAAACCACAGUUAAAUGAUGUGAAAGUAGUGAACAAUAAGCUGAUUUUAUAUGGUAAUAAAACAAGCACUCAGCUGUCAGAUAACAAACAGAAGCAAUCUAUGCAGGAUAUUCAUGUUAUUCAAGAAAAAGAAGAAACUCCAAUGGACAUAGAUGAAAAUGUAAAACAGAUGCCAGAGUGUGUAGAUAUAAACUUGUCACCAGACAAGUGUUUAACAGAGGAAUGGAUCUUUUAAAGCGUUAUACAAGGUUGAAUUCUCAAAGAUGUUCAUGCUACCACUGAAAUUAUUCAGGAUAAUGAUAAACAAUCUACUAUAGGAGAAUUCCAGGAAUUUGAAAAAGGAAAAACAUACAUAUGCAGACUUGGUUUCAGAACUGGGAAAAGUUAGUUGAAGAAACAAAACUUUGUUUAUUGAGAUGCUGGAACAGAUGAUGAUUUUGAUGAUGAAGAAUAAGAAUCUUUGACCAUGUUAACAGACAUGGAAGAUUGGAGACAAGCAAGUAAAUUAGACAUCGAUCUUACAUAUUCAAUCUACUUCUUCAGGGAAAUGCGGACUUCAAAGUUAAGAACAUUUUUGCCACACAUUCACACGUCUGACAAAAAAACAAUGUAUCUUUUGUAAAUCUAUGGAAGUUGAAACUAAUUUCAGAUACCUGCAGUGUGUUCUUCAAAUCAAUGCUACAAAUGUGAUGUGUCAUUUUGUUCUAAAAAUAGAUCUCAGUUUGUUCUUUCCCAUUCUCAGUUGCUGAUCCACGGAGUAAAUUCAAA